AGAUAGUUCACUUGAUAGCUGCGUAGAAACUACAAUUGACGUCAUGAAGCUGACAUUGCUGGUCGCCGUGGCAAUCGUUGCACCCUCGUGCUACGACGCCUAUUUACCGGCACCCAAGCCAAAUGGAUGUACGAAGGAUGGACGAUUCUUUCCAUACGGAAAGUUCGAGGACCACAGUGACCAUUGCAACGAGUGCGAAUGCUUUCAAGAUGGAAACUACAAAUGCUCCAAGAGGGCCUGCCCUGCAGCGAACUGCCCCGUUGAGAAGAUGAAAUACAGACCCGGUUCCUGCUGUGCUGAAUGUUUCGACCAUAGAAGCAAGACCUCCGAUAGCAAUAGCGAUAGCGAUCACCACACAAGCUAUGACAAAAAUACAAGGAACCGUCGCACACUCGAGAAUACGCCAGAUGAAGAGUCAUCCGGAUCUACAACAAGCGAGAGCUAUAACGCAGCAGUUGGUCGCCGUCGUUUUGCUCGAACGAUCGUGUAUAAGCCAGGUUCCAGAACAAGCGACCAACAUGGUUCAAGCUCCAGUAGCGAUGGAAAAGGACAUACAGGCGGAAAAGGCUCUGGAAGAUCUGGGUCGAAAUCAAGCCACAGUUCUAAAUCCGGUAAAGGUGGAAAAAGCUCGAGGAGUUCCGGAGGCCAUACAUCGAAAUCCAGCGGCGAUAAUCGUCCAGAAGGGUAUAACAGAGCACGACGGUCAUUGAAUAUCGACGACAAAGCUGAUGUUCGCCGUUUUGUUCGUACGAUCGUGUAUAAGCCAGGUUCCAGAACAAGUGACAAUCAUGGAUCGAGCUCCAGUAGCGAUGGACAUAAUGGCGGAAAAGGCUCUGGAAGAUCUGGGUCGAAAUCAAGCCACAGUUCCAAAUCCGGUAAAGGUGGAAAAAGCUCGGAGAGUUCCGAAGGCCAUACAUCGAAAUCCAGCAGCGAUUAUCGUCCAGAAGGGUAUAACAGAGCACGACGGUCAGUGAAUAUCGAUGACGAAGCAGAUGUUCGCCGUUUUGUUCGUACGAUCGUGUAUAACCCAGGUUCCAGAACUAGCGACCAUCAUGGAUCGAGCUCCAGUAGCGAUGGAAAAGGACUCAAAGGCUCUGGAAGAUCUGGGUCAAAAUCUAAGCCACAGUUCUAAAUCCGGUAAAGGUGGAAAAAGCUUCGGGGAGUUCCGAAGGCCAUACAUCGAAAUCCAGCGGCGAUAAUCGUCCAGAAGGGUAUAACAGAGUACGACGGUCAUUGAAUAUCGACGACGAAGCAGAUGUUCGCCGUUUUAUUCGUACGAUUGUGUAUAAUCCAGGUUCCAGAACAAGCGACCAUCAUGGAUCGAGCUCCAGUAGCGAUGGACACAAGGGUGGAAAAGGCUCUAGGAAGAUCUGGGUCGAAGUCAAGCCACAGCAAAAGUUCAAAAUCCAGUAAAAGUGGAAAGGGAAAAAAGAGCGGAAAAAGCUCGAAGAGUUCCGGGAAAAAAUCCCACAGCAGCCACAGUUCGAAGUACUAGAGGGCACAUGAGUCUCGCCGAACACAGAAUUCUAUGAUGCUGCAUUUUGAUUAUACAAAACGAUUUAAGCUAAUAAAACAACACAGC